AUCGCAUAAAAAAUAGCUGAAAAGAUAAAAAUAAUAGAAUUAUUUUGUGUAUAUAAAUAGAAAAAAGCCUACGAAGAAAAAAAUCCAAUUGAAAAAAUCCUUUACUGCGUUUAUGUAUUGGUAUGAGCGUAAUUUUUUUACAUAUAUGCAUGAGUGUGUAUUAUAAUCAUACGUGAUACUACUACAAAAAUGCAAAAUUGCAAUUUUCAUUUGGCGAGCAAUAAUGAAAAUGAAAUAAAUUUAUUAAACGCGAAUACAAUAAACGAAAAUUGUGUAAUAAAGUUGGUGGCGAUCAUCUGAAAAAUAAAAAUUAUGUGGUGGUUUAAAUUGAAUGGUUGAAAAAUUUGUACAACAUCAAACAUAUGUACAUAUAUGUGCGCUCAAAAAAAGAGAGCAUAAGAAGUGUAUUACACAAAGAAUAAAAAAUCGAAUAAUCUAAAAAACAACAUCUUUCCAAUUCGUAUUUUCAUCAUCCAGGCGAAGUAAACGAGGAAACGUCAUAAACGUUAAAAAAGAUUUAUUAUCAUCAACUUGGACCUUGCCAUCUAUCCAUGAAUUGAAUAGAUUUGCUGGUUUUCUAGUUUUAUUAACUCUAUGAUGCAAUAAUUUCCAUGAUGUUAUAAAUUAUGCCCAAAACUCUUUUUGGCCAUAGCGAGAGAUACAACGACAUGAUGAAUGCAGCAUUUGACAUGUUGCAAUGUCGUUGCGUGCAACAAAUGCUGCUUAAAAUGAUGGACUUCUCAUAACAUUCUACUCAAUUGGACUCACUACAUGGAAAAAGAUUUCAGAAAUCAGUAUUAUUUUCUGUUUUUAAGCAGCAUUGGUGCCGGAGUGGGCAAUAGUUUGAGCAACAAGAGAAAUAAUUAAGGUCUAAAGUAACACAGAGCUGCCAAAACAAACAAAAAUAGGGGGUUGGGAGACCUAUCUAAGCUGUUAAGAAGGCCUUCACGCCCUACAAAAUGGUAACACCAUCAACGGUGGUGGCAACAACAGCAGUAUCAUCAGCAUCUUCAUCUUCAACAGCUCUAGCUACGGCAACGAUAAACGAUAAUAAUUCGUCAUUGUCAUCGUCCCUUCAAAACGCAUCAAAUGUUAACCAGCAUCAGCAACAACAAGAUGUUGCACAAAUCACCUCAAUGUCUGGAGCAACGACGACGGUUGCCGUCACAUCGUCAUAUUCGGUCGCUAUACCUCGCCAACAUCCAAAGAAAAGAAAAUUUGAUCCCUCAGAAUUGGAUGAGGCCAAUAAUGAUGGCAACAACCACCAUCAUCAUACACAACCUAAACAAGAUAGUGCCACAAACACCACGUCAUCAUCAUCGGAGAUUAAAUGCGUAUCCACCAAAGGAUUGCCAACAUCCAUUUCAUAUUCAUCGGUUGUCAAUCCAACGACGACGACCACCACCACCACUUGCAAUAGCACCACCUCAGCUGCUAUUGGAAAUGGAACGCCAUCGUAUGCAUGCUCGACGAAUGGCACGGCCGUAGGAGCUGGUGGCAGCGAUGGUAUUUACACAUUACCCACAUCAACGCAAUUUGGUUCUCCUACAGGUGCUGUGACUUCCUUGGCCUUUAGUAGCCAUGACACCGGUAGCGGGUCUCUGGUGUCAGUUGCCUCAAAGGCCAGUACAUGUAUGGAGAUACCUGAAAAACGUACAAUUAUAACAAGUUCACACGCUGCUGGGAUUAGUAGUGGGAGUACGAUAACAACAACAUUAACACCAACGUCAUCGUUGGCGUCAUUGGCAGACAAACAAUUUAUUUCAAAUGAUAACAGAAACAACAACAACAGCAACAGCAUAAAUGGCAGUAAUCAACAACAAAGUGGUGUUGCUGGUCAACAACAACGAUAUAACUUCAUGCAACAACAGAAACCGCAUAGCUCAGCGCAUGUUGUAACUGUUGUGAACUCAUCGCAACAACAGCACCAUCAUAUAGUGCUGCAGCAACAGCAAUCCCAUCAGCUUCACCAGCAACAGCAAUCUUUAACAUCAUCCUCCUCCCCAUCAUCAUCAUCAACAACAACAACAUCGACAGAUGUGCUGCCAUCCGCAUUGGCAUCUUCGUCUACGACGAUAAAUGACGAGAUUGUACUUAAUCUAAGAGAUUGGAUUAAUACACGAGUACUGGCCAAAUUGAAAAACUACUAUGCUCCGGGCAUAACACGUCAACCAAAUUCAUCCUCAUCAUCUUCGUUGAGUGGUGAUGUGCCACCAAAUUCAAUUAUAGUCGAAUUUGAUCCGCCAGAAAAUAGUACACAUUUGUAUACAGAUGUACUUAAUAGUGGGCGUUUUAAUGUGAUAUUGGACGCAAGUCCACCUGCGGCAGAUAUUAUAGAAGACACCCGGGUCUGUGUGCGAACGCUGAUUGAGGGUCGAGAUGGUUGUGUAUUUGUUGAGGGCACCGUUGUGGAAGUACACCCAGCAACAAAGCAAUUUACAGUACAAAUUGGAACAACUGAAUCUGGAGCUGCACUUCUGAAUACAGUAAGACGUGCAGAUUUACGCUUGCUUCUGCCACCCUGGUGGGAUGAAUUGAAUGAAGUGUCACCCAUACCAGCACCCACAAGCGUGUCAGGCAAAAAAGUGCUUAGCUCUCCACAAUCUAGACGUUCGUUAGGCGGUGGCAAUACUGUACUUUCAUUGAAUCAACAAUCCCACCAUUCUGGCCGCUCUGUUUUGGGCGGUAAAUCUGCUGGACAAAUGCACACACCACAACAUAUGUAUCAUCUGCCAGAACAACAGUCACAAACAACACAAGCCUCCGCUUCGCAGCCUCAUAUGACAUAUGUUAAUAACAAAAUGUUAACUGCUGGCGGCGUUGCCAUUCUCCAUCGCCCAAGUCAUUCGUUAACGGUCCAACAAAAACAGGAUGAUUAUUAUAGAACCAUUGGAACAUCGCCAUUUCCAGCAGCGGGCAAUGGUGGAAAUAUUGUGAAUGGCAGCAAUGGGAAUAUUUUGGCAAAUCAAAACUCUUCCUAUCUGCUGCAUGGUAGUGAAAAUGGAGUUGUGGAUAGUACUCAGUCGGCGGUAGCGGCAGCGGCAGUAGGUGAACAUCAUUUAAAUGUGGAAGCAACACAAACGACUCAACUGCAUCAUCAUCAUCAUCAGCAGCAACAACAUCAUCAUCAUCAACAUCAUCAGCAGCCGCAUCAUCAUCAUCAGCAACAACCGCAACAGCUACAAAGUGAUCACCAUCAUGUUGUUAUCGAUCCUAAAAUGCAAACAUCCAACUCAGAUGAUUUGUUAAUGCAACAACGCAGACAACGUCAACAUCAACAGCAUACGCGUCCCUCAGCGGCUGGUCCCAAUGCCACCGCCUACGAUGACUCCUACGAUUCCGAUGAAGAAUUAAAAGGUGUUGAUAUUGGUGGCUAUGCAUCGUUGGCCGACGCUGAUCCCGAAAAGUUGUCGGGUUGCAGCAAACGUAGUAGUAUGCAAAGUCGCGGCAGUACAUCAUCAUUACUCGAUCAGAGGCUUACACCACGAUCUCACCCAGCUACACCACGAUCUCAAGCGAAUACGCCACAUCGCUUCAAAAAGGGCGAUAUAGUCGAGUCCGAAUCGGGCGUUCGCAAAAAAUUCAAUGGCAAACAAUGGCGGCGAUUAUGUUCACUCUGUUCGAAGGAAUCUCAGCGCCGUGGUUUUUGCUCGCGCCAUCUCAAUCAAAAGGGCAAUUCAUUGCGCUCAACAGGGCCAAGUCGAUUUCCAAGUGAUAUUAGCAGUCGUUCAAGUAGUAAAACUCAAAUUGAUGAAGACACAUCGCGUGAUUCUGAAACUUCUCCCAAUUACCGUAUAACGGGUCGUUUCGAUCAAGAAGAAACUGAUGUGGCCAACAUGCUAGUGUCAUUGGGUAGUUCACGCUCGGGCACUCCUUCGUAUUCGUCUCCCGUCAAUCAUGGCACCUCGCCAAUGAAUGCCAAUAAUUCUCCCGUGCCGCCGGUGGUUGCAACAAAUAGGCAGAAUUUCUUUACGCCAAUAGGUGGAGGUCCGGCUACCCCAUCGCAAGACGCCCACGCUAACAAGUGGAAGGCCACACCAUCACCGGUUAUGUAUAAUGUUAUGGGAGGCUAUGGUACCCAAGUCAUAUGUCCCGAAUCGAUAAGAGCGCAAGGCGGUGCCAAUGUUGCCGGAACAGCUAUAGCCGCGGGUCAAGUGCCGCCGCCACCACCACCUCAAAAGUCGCCAGUGUCUAUGGUUAUGCAUCAACCGCAGACGGUGGUAUCUGCCGUUCCAGCACCACCGCCGCAACAUGCUGCCAUGUCCCCGCAUUUGCCUUCCUCUUCGAUGACCAUGCAACAACAACAACAGCAGCAUCACAUGCAAACAUCUAUGUCUCCUGGACCCCCACCACCACCCAUAGUGAUAUCGUCGUCAGCGGCAACAGCUGCCACGAUCACUUCAAUGGCCCAUGCGACAAGUGUUAUAAGAAUUUCUCCUGCUGCUGCUGCCACAGCUUCCGCAACGGCAACAAAUAUGACAAAUGCUGCUCUGGUAUCACAGGCCGCUCAAUCUUUUCAUCCCGUUAUUGUUGAUGCGACACAAUUAAUGCCUAUGCUACCGCAUCAACAAGCAGCAGCACCACCAGCAUCACAGCAACGACAACUAUCAUCCCCUUCUCCGGUUGUUCAAUCACAUGCGGCUCAAAACAUGGGAGGGAUCCCUACACUGCAGGGUAUUCAGCACACUUCUUCCAUACAUCAAAUAAGGCAUAAUCAGCAACAUAGCCAGGGUAGUAGUGGUGGUGGUGCCACAUUGGUUCCCAUACAACAGAUUAAACAACAGCCGCAGAGUAUACCUUCACAGCAAUUACAACAACAGCAUCAACAGUUAAUAAACGAUAAGACUAUUCCAAAAAACGGCAUUAAUGCGGGGUCGAUUUUUCCCUGGCAUACGCUGCUGCCUCACAUCCAUCAGUCCCCCGUGAAAUGCCAACAACAACAAACAGCCACAAAUUACUCCUUAAGCGGUAUAGUACCACCAACUCCAUCACCGACCAUCUCGAACACUACUGAGGCAGCAGCGUCCACACCACCGCCACCACCACCACCGCAGCCAGUGAAUAGUCAGGGCCAUUUGCUAAUAAAACAAUCGCUAUCAUCUCCUGGAAAUCCCCUAAAUUGUUCUCUAACCGAUGCGGCCAAAGCCUCAGCUUUGGCUUCAUCCGCAUCAGAUUUAACCAAUUCCGCAGAUGAUAUUGAUGAUCAACUGGAUGAUGAUGUUUUUGAGCCAUUGCCAAAAAAUGAGACGCCAAUGACGGCCAGCAAUUUGAGUAUUAAAAACAAACAGCGUCUUGGCAACGAACACAUUAUACGCAGUGGAAGUUAUCGUUCCAACAUCUACAGUUCUUCCGCUGCUGUUGAACCAGCAGGAAGUUCCAGUUCUUCUGGGUGUAGAGGAGGAGCGGAUCCGAGUGGCAGCGGUGAGACAAAUGAAGCUGCGUCAAGUAAUGCUCAUGUGAGCGCUUCAAAAAGACGUUCGCAGUCAUUGAGUGCUUUGCAGCAGCAGCAGCAGCAACAGCAACAACAAAAUGCCAUGAGCGGUCCAGCAGUAGGUUCCGCAGCUGAUGCCAGCAGUGGUAAAGAACCAAUGAGUCCCAUGACAAAGAACAAAAUACGACGUCCUAUGAAUGCUUUUAUGAUUUUUUCGAAAAAACAUCGAAAACUUGUUCACAAAAAGCAUCCCAAUCAAGACAAUCGUACUGUGAGUAAGAUACUGGGCGAAUGGUGGUAUGCUCUGAAACCCGAGGAGAAAGCCCCAUACAAUGAAUUGGCUUCAUCCUAUAAAGACGCCCACUUUAAACUUCACCCUGAAUGGAAGUGGUGUUCAAAAGAUAGACGUAAAUCAUCUAGCUCGAGCAAGGGCGGCGCAGGGGUAAACAACAACCCAGCCCUAACUACAACAGGCGGUUUGAAUGAUGUCAAAUAUCGUCUUGAUUCAAUUGACGGCUCGGAUUCUAUAGAUCAAGAACAUAGUCCCACAACACCGGGCUUUUCAACAACCUUCAAUUCAAACAAUGGUUCUGGCGUAAGCCAGGCAGCAGGAGGAUCGAAUAAUUGCCAAAAUGGAGGUGGUAUACAUGACAUGCAAACUGAUAUUAUACCAUUGACCAUUGCCACAUACAAUACAUCAUGUACAGAAUCAUCGGAUCCCACUACCAUUAAUAACCAUCAUCUCGGUGGCCAGAAAUUUAUUAAAGAAGAACCAAUGAAACAUGAUGUAACAUCGGAGGAUGAACAGAUGGUUAUCGAUGAGGAGCCCGAUGAACAACAGCAGCAACAAUCGACUGCUGGUAAUAACAGUGGUAUUGGUCUAUACCAACAAAAUGUUGAAACUCAAAACUCCACCACCUCUGUUGAUCUCAAGUGUCGUGAGCGUGUUACUGAUUCCGAUAUUGAAGAUACUGGACAUGAUUUUCGCAAAAAUCUAGCCGGUAUAAGUCAUGUCAAUGAUAAGGAUGACCAGCAGCAGCAACAAGUCGGCUCCACACCACCGGCCACUUGCAAACCAACACCGCUGAAAGCAUUGCCACCCAAUCUGGAGAACAACAUGAUGAAAUUCAAGCAAAUGUCUAUGCUUUCAUAUCCAAGUCCCAAAAACCCAAUUGGUGUAACACCUUUCCAACCAACAGGUGGUGCUUUUAAGACUAUGCCCAUUAGUCCCAAGAGUACAAAACACGAAGAACAACAACAACAGCAAACACAACAAAUUAUUAUUAAACAAGAAGAUCUCAUGGAUGCCAAUUAUAUUAAGCAAGAACCGCCAUCACCUUAUAAACUGAAUGGUAGUGGAACUGGCGGUGCAAUAUGCUCCACCACAGCCACCUCAUCAACAUCAACAUCGUCGAAUAGUCAGAGUGGUAAUAUAUUCACAUUUAAUGUGCCUACAGCCAGCUCAGCUUUAACACAACAGCAGCAACAGCAACAAAAAUCAUCACAAAUGUUGCAUCAACAUCAGCCGCCUUUGCGUAGUCCCACUGCCUCGGAGUGUCGCAGCGCUGCAGGAGGAGGCGGAGGUUCACAAUCGCAACAGACCUCAUUGGCGGUUGUUUCAUCUUCCUCGGUGCCGUCUUCGCCAGCAGCAGCAGCAUCUGCUGGUGUAACCUCGAUGGGAGGAGGACAACCUAAGCAAAUAUUAUUUGCUGUCAACAAUGCAAUGCCACACCAUCAGUAUGCAAUUCUGCCAAUGCAACAACAAAUGCAGUAUAUAUUCAAAAAACAUAACGGCCAAAGCGAGUUGGUACCCACUUCUAAUCCCAACACUUUGAUUCUUCAUAAUUAUAGUAGUCAAGAAACGCUGCCAAUGUCACCAUCGCAAAGAUCAUCUUUACCCACCACGCCAAAAUCUGCAAGCGAGUCUAGUAUUCAGCGCAAUGCUGAGAACAGUAUUGAAGAAGGCGAAGGCACGCAAAAGCCAUCGCAAGAGAGCAGUGAGACACAACAACAAUUUAUAUUGGCACCAACACCAGCUCAACUAGGUCGGGCACCUUUCCAGAGGCGGAAGAACAUGUCUGUAGGUAGCAUGGGUUCCAUUAAACAAGAAGGUGGUGGUAAUUUUAACACGGCUACCAUUUUGUCAAAUUCUGGGGGAGGUAAUGGCGCCAACAAUCUUAAUUCACCUAUAAUGGAGGGAUCCUCACCCAUAAUAGGUCAUGUUUCCACGGUGGCCAUAACAUCGGCAUUGCCAACACCUACCUCAUCCUCGACAACGCCAAACAGUGAUGAACAAUUGCCGCUGACACCGUCCUCUAGCAGUGGCGGUGCCGGUAGUGGUAGCAGUGGCGGUUGUAGCUCCAUAAAUGCCAGCAAUAUUGUUCCCAAAUCCCCUAAAUCUAUGCAUGGUCCAAAAAAGAAACAACUGCAGCAACAGGAUGAAAAAUCCAAUGCUCUUGCAUCCAGUGUCCUGGCUGAUUUUGAAAAGAAAUAUGAGGCUUUGCCUCAAUUUAAACCAAAAGAUUGUCAGUCACCCAGCGCCAUAGCAGUGCCAUCAUCUCCACGCAUUUACGGUACCAAUUAUCGUAAAAAGAACGCUACUGCCCCACCACCAGUACAAAGAAUACAAAGCGAAGACGAGGCUACCGAUGAUACUGCUUCAAUACCACCAACACCCACACAACGUUUCUUUGGGCCAGAUUUCAAUAUAGAUACUUUGAGAGAAUUGGAAUCAUCGGAUCAAACUGGACGUUCACCACGUACUCCACAAACACCAUUGCAAAGUGCCCGUUCCGAUGCCAGUGAAAAGGGACAUCGUAAACUUUUGGAACAACGUCGUAAUUUAGUAUUGCAACUAUUUGCCGAGAAUGGUCUAUUCCCCACAUCUCAAGCUACUAUUGCUUUUCAGACCAAGCACAUUGAUGUUUUUCCAAGACGCCAAGAUUUGCAAUUGAAAAUACGUGAAGUACGCCAAAAACAGAUGAGUCAAUCUUAUACACCACAAUCGGCUGGUCCUAUGACACCAUCGGAAAAUAGUAACCCAUCAAUGAUGUCAUUAUCAAUAUUACCCCCAAAUUCCAACAACAACAGUAAUACAGUAAGUUCGAUAAAUAAACACGGAAUAGCGCUGCAACAAAUUAACGAUCACCACCACCAACAGCAGUAACAACAAUAACCAACAAACACAGCAGAGUUAACUUUAAGUUAAUUAAACGCUCAACUUGGUUGAACUGUAUUAAACAUUUUGAUUGAACAUUCAGUAUAUUGAUACAGAGAUUUCAAAUUUGACAAAAUAUCGCACAGAUACACAACUCUUAUAGAAAACACAACAACAAAAACAUUAUAAAUAUAUAAUGAGAAAAACAACAAGAAACAAACAAACAAAAAUGCAUGUAAUGCAUAUAAAAAUCUUGGAAAAAAAAGGAUUAAGAAUCUUUCAAACACAUACACAUACAAACAUAUAUAAAAAUUUUUGAAACAACAAAACACAUCCAUACGCAAACACAAAAUCAUUAUUAAUAAUUAUUAUUAUGAUAACAAAUAGCAGAGAAAAACAAAACAAGAAUAGUUUUUAAACAAGCAAAUACCACAAAGUAAAUAAUUUAAUUAAGUAGUAGAACCCCUACCCCAAACACACAACAAAAAACCGACAAAACAAAUUUAUUAAGCAAGCAGAAAACAAAGAUGAAGAUGAUGAAAACACAAAGAGGAAGAAAGAAAAAGAACAAAUAUUAAAUAUUAAAUACAAAAUUAUCUUAAAAGAAAAUAAAGUCCUUUUUCAAAACUGGCUGAGUGACAAAAUGGAACCCGAAAAAAACAUGUUCACAAAUCAAUUGCAAAAUUGGUUAAAAAAAAACAAAUAAAUGAAGAAUAUGUCACGCGUAAAUACCACAAAUUAUGAAGGUUAGGAAAUAAUACAUCAAAAAUUAUCCCACAAUAACAGUCAUAUAAGAUUGUAAAAAGCAAACCAACCUACAAACAAACAGAACAUAACAAAAACACAAGAAGAAUAUAUGUAAUGUACUCGUAUUUUAUAUGUAACAAUAUUUUUUUCCUUCAAAUAUUGAUUUCUUUUUUUUCCAUAUACUUUAUUGCAAUUCUUGUCUCUGAAGAUCUAUCAUGAUACUCUCUUGUUUAAAUAUACCCACAUGCACACCCAGUUUUCCACAUACAGAUACAAACAGAUUUAUAAAGAGAAGCAUGUUAGUCGCCUACAUAUAUAUGCACGUAGCAAGUGUGUGGAAUUAUUGUUUGAAUAUCAUAUCGGUAGCUUAGAUAGUAUUUAUUUUUUUCGUUCUUCCGUUAGUUUUUUUUUAUUAAAUUUAAUUUUGUAAGCGAAGAACUUGAAAUUAAGAGAAGUGUCUAACUGUAAUGGGUCAUUAAAAACUUCAAUCAAUUUCUUAAGCAUUUUGUGAAAUAUUGGCAACACUUAUGGUUUUGAGAUAUGAACACUCACACUAUUACACAUUCUUGUGUGCUUUAGGUUUCAUUUCCCCUUUGACCGCUUAAAACAACUUGUUAUUGUCAAGUAAAUGAAGUGGCAACAUUUCAUACAUAUUCAAUUCUAUAUAUAUGCAACCAAAUAAGUUUUCUUUUUGUUUAUGAGACCUAAACAAUUGGUUUUAGGGGAAAAGUGAAAAUAAAACCUACAACACACCUGAAUCGGAUUGUGUUCGUACGCAAGCACACAAGUCGAAGGGCUUGGAAAUAAUCAGACCUGUUCCGGUUUUCGAAAAUGCAAAACGAAAGACUUUCUUUGUCCUAUUUGUUGAAAACUUUGCCAUGUAAAAAGUUUGCAUGUGCACUUAAUCAAAUUUCUAUCCAGCAAGAGGAACCUAGUGAUUUAAAACCUUAAAAGUAUAAGGUUCGGAAAACAAAGGCAAAUCAAUUCUUUGCGUUUAUCGAAUUCGAAGAGAACAGGUUAGAAUGUGUACUGUAUGUGUAGAAAAAAAACCAGUUAGUGUUUAUGUAUGAAGGAUAUUGUGUUCAAAAAAGUGCAUGAAAACAAAACCUGGAAAAUGUUUCAUAGGCCUGAGGAAUUUUUAGUUUUUAGAAAAAAAUUUUAAACUUAUGGGUCCAUUAUGGAUGGCAACGCAACUACGUGCAGUGGCAACCAAAAUAAAACAAAUUGUAUUACGUAUGGCAAUACGUAAACAAAAAAACAUUCAAAGGCAUAAAGUAUGAAAUGCCAAAAAUACCUAGUAAUUUUUUUCAAAACCUGUUGAACAAUUUUUAUCCAGCAUGCUCUUUUUUUUAAUAAUUUUCUCGCCUUUAAAAGUUAAUUUUAAGACUACUUUUGCUCAUACUGAAGAACUCUUCCGUUGGUUGCAGUAAGUCUGCUACCGUUUUUUCCAAAGAACAAAGACACGCUAGCGUUGGCUCACAACAUGUGAUGUAAAGAUAUCUUAAACCAUGUUUCCACUAUAACCCAAAUUCACUUGAUUUGAGAUAAUCUCUAAAACCCGUUUCCGCUACGGUUCUUAUUUGUCAACAGUUACGUUUUUGACAGCGUUUUUAUUGUGAUUAACAUUUUAAUUGUGUUCAGCCUAUACUUUGCGGUCAACAAUUAAGUUUGUGAAACGAUUUUAUUAAAACACUACUAAAUUUUGUAAUUUCAAUAAGAAAUUGUCAGAUAUUAAGAAAAUUUGAAUUUGGAAGGAGAUUGGCUGAAAAUACCCUCAAAUCAGUGGAUUUGCUCACAUUGAAAAUGAAUGGGAAACCUCGUUGCAAAAUACGAGAUUUCCGAAAUCUCGACGCAAAUCUAGAUUUGGGAAACCUCGUUGCAAAAUACGAGAUUUCCGAAAUCUCGACGCAAAUCUAGAUUUGUUCCAAGUGGAAACAUGGUAUUAUAGUUGGCACCAACAUAAUUUAAGUAUAGACUCAAAAUGUCUUCCCCUGGAGUAUACAGCGGCGACACCUUUCCAUACAUACUGCAUCUGUAGUCACUUUUGUUUCGCCUGAAUGAAUAAAUUGUAAACAAAAAUAUUUUGUUUAAUUUUUUUUUGUACAAAAAUAACAACAUUGCCAACUACGCUUGGUAGAGUUGCCAUUACAAGUAAAAUUAUCAACUGAUAACGCAGUUUUACUAAUGUUGCCAUCUAUAAUUGAUACCUUAAAUUUUUUGUGGUGUUAAAUUUUUUUAUUUUUUGAAAGAAUUGCUGACAAUGUUAAUUUUUAUAAAAUAUUUGCCAUAAAAAAUUUAGAAAAAAACCAUUAUUUUUUUACAUUUUUUCAAAAAUAUUUCAUAAUUAAAAUUGAUUUUAUUUGAAAUAAAUUUUAUUGUAGAAAAAAAAAUUAUAAGAAAGAAAAUAUUUUUAAAAAUAAUUUGUAUGGUAAAACUUCUUGUGAAGUAUUUUUGUAGAUUGAGAAAAUUUUUUUUUUUAAUAUUUUCUUAAAAAAUUUUAAAUUCUCUGGUGGCUUUUAAUGUUUUUUUUUUUCCUUAACUAACACAGCAACUAAUAGCUUAGGAUUUUUUUAACCAGAGCACAGUGUUAUCAGCCCCGAAGCUACUCUUUUUUACUUUUGUGUAUAUGUUAUGGGUUAUGUCCGACUUUAACAAACUUACACUUUACAACGUCAUUCAUGCAUCAUACAUCAUUUUAAAUUUCCUAAACUUUUUUUUAGUAAUGUUUUUGUUUCGAGACGAUCUCAAAUCCUCGAGUAGUGGCAGACUGGGUCGCCUAAUUUAUAUAUUUUAGAAAGCUAAUAUGAAGUUAUUUAAUAUUUGUUUAUGAAUUUUUUUUAUGAAUUUUCUUACAUAUAUUACUGCUAUAUAUCUUUAGAUUUUAAGUUGAUUUUAAUUUGUUUUAUUUUUUAUUUUAUUUUAUCAAAAGUUUUUAAUUUUUUAACUAUUUGUCCUAGGCUCACAAUUUGCGUUUUUAAAAAACGCACGUUUUUAAAAUCUUUAAAAAAAUUAGCAAAAUUUGUUUUUACAAUUUUAUCUUAAUGAUGAAUCCAUGAUGAUAAUAUCUAUCUUCCGUUUUAACAAAACACACACACACUCACAAAAUUUUUAAUAUGUUUACUUUUAUUUAAAAAACGAUGUUUUAAAUUUUUUACUUUUACCUAUUAUUAAGCCGCAAAAUUGUACUAUUGGCUACAUAAUAACAACAAAAAAAAAGAAAGAUUAUUUUAGCUCUAAUCCCCUCACUCAGAAAUCCAAUCUAAUUUAAUUUUUAAAAAUUUGUAACAGCAUUUUUCUCUAAAAAAACCGUCUAUGAGAGAAAAAAAACAAAACAAGCAUUGGACAAAUUUAAGCUUUUGUUAAUAAACACAAAGUCCCAUUUUUAAACUGUUGCAGUUUAGUGGAAACGAUUGAUAAUCGAUCGGUAACUCGUUAUUGAUAAUACGCUGUAAUGCUUUAAACUUGAAAAUAAUAAUAUAAUUUUAUUUUUUGUAAAAUGUCUUCCACUUGUGCUGCAAUAUUUAAACAAAACAGAAAAUCUAAUUUUUCUCUUUAUAUUAUAAUUAUUAAUUAUAAAAAUUAGUUUUAUUAUCAACCUACUCCUCCUACCCCCCUCCCCAUAAAAAAAAAUCACGCAAGAAUUUUUAGAUCUAUUAUAUAUUUAAUUUUAUAGCUGAUAGUUUUUAACAGUUUUAAAUGGAAAAUCUUAGAUCUUCAUUUAUAGUCUAAAACAAAAAAAAACAACAAACACAUACACACAAAAUAUACAAAAAGCAA